GAGCAGGCUUGCAUCUGACCCACCAUGACACCCACAGAAUUCACAACCUUUAUCCCUAAUAUGCCUGAUGAGUACAACGACGAAUCCACGCCUUCCAUGCAGGACUUCAUGAACUUAACGGACCUACUCUGCAAGAAAAACAAUGUCCGGCAGUUUGCAAGCCAUUUCCUGCCACCCGUGUACUGGCUCAUAUUCAUUGCGGGGGCUGUGGGGAACAGUCUGGUCAUCCUUGUCUACUGGUACUGCACAAGAGUGAAGACCAUGACUGACAUGUUUCUUUUGAAUUUGGCAAUUGCUGACCUUCUCUUUCUUGUCACUCUUCCCUUCUGGGCCAUUGCUGCUGCUGACCAGUGGAGAUUCCAGACCUUCAUGUGCAAAGUGGUCAAUGCCACGUACAAGAUGAACUUCUACAGCUGCAUGUUGCUGAUCAUGUGCAUCAGUGUGGACAGGUACAUAGCCAUUGCCCAGGCUAUGAAGGCACAGAACUGGAGGCAGAAAAGGCUUCUGUACAGCAAAAUGGUUUGUGUCACCAUCUGGAUGAUGGCAGCUGUGCUCUGCAUCCCAGAAAUCCUGUAUAGCCAAGUGAAGGGGGACGAUGACAUCACCAUCUGCACCAUGGUUUACCCUAGUGAUGUGACCACCAAAGUGAAGUCAGUUGUCCUGACCCUGAAUGUCAUUGUGGGGUUCUUUCUUCCCCUUGUGGUCAUAGCUUGUUGCUACACCAUCAUCAUUCACACCCUGCUCCAAGCCAAGAAGUCAUCCAAGCACAAGGCCUUAAGGGUGACCAUCACAGUCCUUACUGCCUUCGGUUUAUCUCAGUUCCCCUACAACUGCAUCCUGCUGGUGCAGACCAUCGAUGCCUACACCAUAUUCAAUUCCAACUGUGCCAUGUCCAUCACCAUUGAUAUCUGCUUCCAGGUCACUCAGACCAUUGCCUUUUUCCACAGUUGCCUGAACCCUGUACUGUAUGUUUUCGUGGGUGAGAGAUUUCGCCGUGAUCUCAUGAAAACCCUGAGGAACUUGGGUUGCAUCAGCCAGGCUCAGUGGGUUUCAUUCACAAGGAGAGAGGGAAGCCUGAAGCUGUCAUCUGUGUUGCUUGAGACAACCUCGGGGGCUCUCUCCAUCUGAGGGACCUUCUCUGAGAUGGAUGGUCCUUUGGGAAGUAAU